AUGGUAGAUGCUGAAACAAUUAGUAAAUACACUCAUCACUUGCCUUUUGAUGUUUGGUCUAUCAUUCCUGCUGUGGGUAAAUCUGGGGAUCUUGCAUUUGGUCAUUUUGAAAAGUCGAGUAUUGAAGUUCUUGGUUCUCCUGGUUUCGUUGUGGUUAACAAGCUCAAAAAUGUGAAGACUGAUUUAAUUAAAUGGAAUAGAAAUUCCUUUGGUCAUAUUAAAACUAUUAUAGGUAGAUUAAAUUCGGAGUUAGAAAAACUUCAGGCUUUACCUUAUUCUCCUCAAAUUGGUGGUUAUAUCCUAAAUUACUCUCAACAAAACAUGUACAAUACAAUUCACACCAUUAGAGAUGAUCAAGGUAACUGGAUUGAGAAUAGAGAGCAGGUUGCUGAUUUUCUUUCUAAACAUUUCAAGAAAAUUUAUACUACUUCCAUCCCUGGGAAUAAGGAUAUUGAAGAAGCUCUAAGUAUAGUUUCUUAUUCUGUUCUGGUUAAUGGCUCACCUGGAGACACCUUCUUUCCUACUAGGGGCAUUAGACAGGAUGAUUGUAUGUUGUUUGCUAAAGCUUCUAUUACUUAUGCUAGGAAUCUUAUCAAGAUUAUUAAUGUCUUUGCUAAAGCUUCAGGUCGAGCGAUAAAUUUUGAAAAGUCGGGUUUCAUCACUAGUGGUAAAGAUAAAACUAAAUCCUUCAAUUUUCUCAUUGACAACUUUUAUGCUAGAUUGAGUUCUUCUAAGAAGUCCAAUUUAAAUGUUGCUGGUAGAACUGUGGUUACUAAACAUGUGUUGUCUAGUUUAGCUAUUUAUCAUAUGGCUUGCUUUCCUCUGACGAAAACAGUUACGUCUAAAAUUGAUGUUAUUCAAAGAACCUUCUGGUGGUCAAAAAAAAAUCCUAAACAUGCUGCUUACUUUCGUUCUUGGGGUGAUAUUGGUAAAGCUAAAUCAAGUGGAGGUUUAGGUAUUAGGAAUACUUAUGCCACUAAUAGAGUCUUUAUCUGUAGACUUGGUUGGAGAAUUAUUAAUAAUCCGAACAUAUUACUUACUACAUUUUUAAAGGAUAAAUAUUUUCCUAACCAGAACUUAUUAGAAAUUGACAAAGCUGCUGAUACUUCCUCCUGGAUCUGGAAAGGUAUUGUAAAAGGGUUACACUUUAUCAGAGCUAAUUCAGUGGUAAAAAUAAACAAUGGGGUUUCUACUCGUAUAUGGAGUUCUAACUGGAUUCCAGGGUUUAGUAAUCCUCCUAUUUCUGCUCAUUCUUCUCACAGUAAUUAUAUCUUUGUUAAUGACCUUAUAGAUAAUCAUAAUAAGUGUUGGAAUGCCAGUCUGUUAUCUACCUUAUUUUCUCCUGGCGAUGUUAUCAGAAUUAGAUCUAUUAGGUUAAAUCUUAAUCAGUGUGACUCCUUAAUAUGGGCUCACACCAGAAAUGCUCUUGGUAUUUCUCCUUUUAGAGUCUCUUGGACUAGUAUUGGUGCUAUUGUCAUGUGGUGUAUAUGGAAGUUAAGAUGUGAUGUGCUUUUUAGACAGACUACUAUUGAUUUGAACAAGGUCAUUUUGGAAACUGAGAAAAUGAUUAACACCUAUAUCGCCCCUCCUGUUUGCUCUGGUGCUCUUGUCAGAGAUUAUAAAGUCCCCUUAGAUGUUGUGAAUCAUUUUAUGUUCUCCGAUGGUUUUUUUAAAGAUUUUAAAAUGAGUUUGGGUGUUAUCUGGUGUGAUAUUUCAGGAAAAUUAAAGAGUUCUCGCUCGGACUUUGGCUUGAUUCCAGAUGCAAUAGGUGCUGAAGUUGCUUCUCUCAUUUUGGCGAUCUCUUGGGCAGAAGAGAUGAAUCUUUCCAAAGUUGUUUUUAUUAGUGAUUGUCUCCAACUAGUGGAUUAUGUGAAUGGAGUCAGCUCUAAUAUUACUUGGAGAAGUGAAUAUCUUCUCAAUCAGUGUCGGGUUUUAAUUUCUAGUUCUUGCUCCUUUGAAGUUGUUUUUGUAAAACGUGUGAAAAACCAUCUAGCAGAUCGGCUUGCCCGUAGAGCUAGAAAUUUUAGUCUUAAGGGUCUUUGGGUAUCCUAUCCCUCUUUUUUGAUCUCUCUUGUGAGGAAGGAGAACUUGAAUGUUGUUUGUAAUUGGUGGCUCUUUAAAAGAGUCACAAACUAA